GUUGAGUCUAACAGGCUGUUCCCUCGUGUUCCGCCGAAUGUUGCGUGACGGAGCGGCGGGUCCGGAUUCAGACGUGGAUGGGAGCGGAGCACGGCCGCAGAACUAAGUCCUAAAGUCGCUGAAGAAUGAGUGAAUUUCAGCCUUCCUGUCAGAACGGUACACCAGGCUUGUUUAACAGAUCUUGGAGUGGGUGGCACCAUUACCAGGUGAUCAGUGCUGCAGAGACAAUCAUCCUUCCCUCUCUGAUUGGGAUAAUCUGUUCAACAGGCUUAGUUGGAAAUAUCCUCAUUGUGUUCACAAUAAUAAGAACUCAGAAGAAAACUAUCCCAGAUAUCUACAUCUGCAAUCUGGCUAUAGCAGAUUUGGUUCAUAUCAUUGGCAUGCCCUUUCUCAUUCACCAAUGGGCACGUGGAGGCGAGUGGGUUUUUGGCAGCCCUCUUUGCACCAUCAUUACCUCCCUGGACACAUGCAACCAGUUUACAUGCAGCGCCAUUAUGACAGCAAUGAGUUUGGACAGGUACCUCGCUCUUGUCCAGCCAUUUCGCCUAACCCACCUGAGAACAAGAUCAAAGACAAUUCGAGUCAACUUAUGUUUAUGGGUAGCAUCACUUAUUCUGAUGUUCCCUGUGUGGGUCUACUCAAAAGUAAUAAAGUUCAAAGAUGGUUUGGAAAGUUGUGCUUUUGAUCUAACCUCACCUGGUGAUGUUCUCUGGUAUACACUUUAUCUUACUAUGACGACUUUCUUUUUUCCUUUACCACUGAUACUUAUUUGCUAUAUUUUAAUUUUAUGUUACACGUGGGAGAUGUAUCAGCAAAACAAGAAAGCAGGAAGUUACGCCACCCGUAUCCCCAGGCAGAGAGUCAUGAGGCUCACUAAGAUGGUGCUUGCUCUGGUCAGCGUGUUUGUGGUAAGCGCUGCCCCGUUCCAUGUGAUCCAGCUCAUGAAUCUUCAGGUUUCUCAGCCGACCCUGACCUUCUAUGUGAGCUACUACGUCUCCAUCUGCUUCAGCUACGCCGGCAGCAGCGUUAAUCCCUUUCUCUACAUCCUGCUUAGUGGGAACUUCCAGAAGCGUCUCCAGCGGUGCACAAACACGGAAAUCAGGAUGGCAGAACGGGAUGUCAACAUCAUCGAAAACACCCUCAAGUCAAGUUUCUGAAAGGAGGGCCUUCUCCCAACAAAAACGCAUUAUCCAUGUGUACAUUUUAUCGGUUGCAAUAGAUGGGUCUGAUUUUACUUCCUUCAUGAAACUGUAACUCAGAAGUGGCUUUGUUGCUGGAAUUGCACCAGUGUCAAGCUGCUGUAAGACGAGGAUUUGCACCGCUGUUUGAAAGGUUAGAGCUCCUAGAGGAGGGAUUCUCUGCAAAAAUAUUCUUUGUUACUGUGUCAUUGCUUUUUUUUUUUAUGAUGAUUUGUACAUAGAUGAAACAAAUGUAUAGAGGUUAAAGCGGAUUUUAAAAAACUAUUCCUCUCGUAGUAAGAAGAUAGAAUGACUGUGGCAGGCAUUUGGGAUCUGACGCUGUGCGUGAAGUCAUGGAAACUAUACGUUAAUGACCAAAAGAGACUUAGUUACUGAUGACUCAGAAGGGAAUAACUAUUGAUUUUUAUCCUAUCUACAGCUGUCUCAUAUGACACUCGUUUCUGCAGCUAUUAAAGGCAGGGGAGAGACAUAAAAGGCACUUUUGGAGGAAAACUGCCUUUGAAUUAACCUUGUUGUGCCCUUGUAAACAAAGAAGCGAAUUCACAGUGUGUGUCAUUGGAAAUUAUUAAACCUAAGUUUUGAAAAGAGCUUUGUGUUUCAGGGAUAUGUCAUUGCUUCACUUUUGUCAAAAUCCCUGCUUCCAAGACAGCUCCGAGAAGGGUGUUCAGUCCUGAAAGAGCCCAGAGUUAAUCUCACUAUGAGCGCUGAGAGGAACUUGGUGUUUUCCCAGGAUGCACUCUCACUCGUUUCAAGAAGGGUAGAAGAAUGCCUGCUUGUUGUCGACACUUAAUCCACGAGAUUUCUAGUAGUAGGAUGUAGUCAGGCAAUAUUAUUAGCACCUUUAAAGCUAAUACAGAAAAUUGGUGGAAAAAAAAAAAUCCAUUGAAAAAUCUAAUGUCUUGAGAAGUGCUCACAGUUUUGGUGUUCACCACACUGUGAGUUUAUCUGCAUCAUGUUCUCUCUUUGUCUUAUCUCAGGACUUCACUUAUCACUUUACUGGGGGAAGACAACAUUUCACUAGGACCAGAGGUUUUAUGUCUACAGUAUUCUUGUUAUUCGAAGACCUGAUGAAUCUGAAACACUUAGGUUAGCUCCCGUCUUGUUGUCCCAUCCCAAGUGGGCCUUUUAUUAAUUUAUUUGCAGCCCUGUGGAGGUCACGCUUUGUGAUCCCACUCCAUGAUUGUGAAAGACUGGAACUUUAAAAUAACUGUCUCAAAGCUUGCUUAAGCUUCUGCAAAUCAACGGCAGGCUUGCAGGCUGAUAAGCAGCUUGCUUGUGUCUAUUUAGCACCUUCUGCAGACCAUCCUCUUGCUUGCCAGUCACCACCCAAGAUAGCCAUCAGCUGAAAAGGGGUGUGUUGCUCCCCACAGCUGGAGAGGGUGUAGGCCUCUGGCUACCAGAGUGGCCAGGCCCUGCCUAGCCUGGGGCCCACCGGAGCCUGUGUUCUUAACUCCAAAAUUGCUGAAGCCAAGCACUGCCCAAACAGCAAGGGGACAGGAAAAGGUUAUAUGGAAACUGUGUAAAAUGACAAUUAGCUGGGCAAGGGCCACUGUCACGUUGACUGGUCAAGCUACAGACUGACCUGGGCUACCUGGACUAUAACUGGCACGCCGACCCACCACAAUUUGGGAAUUGGGACUGAGACCCCCAUCACCAUCAACCACAGAUCAACGGGACGCCACUGGACUUCCAGAGGGCUGCCAAGAUGUCAUCAGGCCUGUGGUGGUGACUAUACUCUUGCUACAGUCCCUAAUAUUGCUUCUCUUUUCUGCCUUUCCUCUACUUCUGCCUUUACUCUAUCGCUUGUCUUAGUGAUUUUUGCUGGGGAAUAACAAUAAACCUGCAGUGAGCGGCGUCUGACCUCGUUUGUGUCUUAAUUUCACACUUGGAAUCAUUGCGAACCUCUCCCAGGCCCAAUUUAGUUGGACCGGCACGUAACAAUGAUCUGCCAACCCACUGCAGGACCCACGGCACAGGAAAGAAGAAAACAUCUUUCAGCAGGGGAAGGCUGGGCUGGGCAUUCCCAAACUGUGGAUUGA